AUGGGAAAUAUCAAAUCCGAACUAGAUCUAUUGAAACAAGAGAACUCCAGGCUUUUGGCUAGAAUCGCAGAAUUGGAACAGAUCGCGAAAGAAAAAAAUGAGCUUGAGGUUAGAAUUGUGGAAUUAGAACGAUCGGCAAAAGAAAAUAUUGAGCUUAAGGUUGAAAUCGCAGAAUUAAAACGAGCUGUUAAGAAUAUUGAGAAAAAUCAAACCGUUACUAAUGCAAGGGAUUCAUCUACUUCAUCCGAGAGUAAUUUUGAAGAUAAUAUUAAGGAGAAGAAACUUCGAGAUCGAAACUUAUCUUCGGAUAAUAAUUCACCAUGUGAUAUAAAAACUGUGUCCCAGGGAAACGAUCAAAUUCAUAUGGAAACUCGAAGCUCUGAUUCUCCUACUUCACAGACAGAGUUGCCAAAUUUUCCGGAAAAUGAAGAAUUAUAUUUAGAACCUGUUUCAGAGGAAUUAAUUGAAGUUGUUAGUAAAGAGCCAGAUAUACCGGUUCACAAUGAGAAUGGUAAACGCUUUGUUAUUGAGUUGGCUCAUUUGUAUCAAAAAGCACGAAAGGCUAAAAAGAAUACUAUAUACACGAAGCAAGAAGAAAUUUUAAGCUGGUAUUAUUAUGCGGAAGGUUUUGAAAAGAGGGUUGAUAUCUUAUCUAUUUCCCGAAAUAAUAAAAGAGCAGAUGACUUGGCGAGAAUUCAAGUUUAUGAUGAAAUCUGGAAUUGUCUUUCUGGUGUCUCACGUGAAAAUUUCCGCAAGCAAACUCAAAGAGCCUGUAAGAUUUAUAAAUUAUUUAACGGUAUAGGAAAGGAUAAGACCAAACGGGUUAAAUCUUAUAGCGCAAAUGGAAUAUCAAAACUUACUAACCCGCAAAUUCAAUAUAUUAUAGAAUAUUUCUCCAAGAAUACUGAAGAUGCUCUCGUAUCUAACAAGAUCAUAAUGGAAUGCACACCGCGCACCCCGGGUCUCGCCCUCACAUGGAUAAACCGUUUGACUCAGAUGAGGAAAGUAUUAGAUCAGUAUCCCGAUAUAUUUUAUGAAUUUAACGAUGAAAAUAUUGAUUACUACGGAAUUAGUGAUGAGGCACCAUGCCCUUUAUGCAAGUUCGACCAUUAUGAUGAGGAAG